AGGAAUAAGCGGAAGUCCCGCCCCUUUUCCUCUUAUCGCUGGUGUGCUGUGCUCCUCUUCAGUCAGCAAACGCAAGAAAAUGCCACGAAAAAUUGAAGAAAUAAAGGAUUUCCUGCUUACAGCCAGGAGGAAGGAUGCUAAAUCUGUCAAGAUCAAGAAGAAUAAGGACAAUGUGAAGUUCAAAGUCCGCUGCAGUAGGUACCUCUACACCCUGGUCAUCACUGACAAGGAGAAGGCUGAGAAGCUGAAGCAGUCUCUUCCUCCAGGUUUGGCUGUGAAGGAACUGAAGUAGAGGUCUGCUGUGUACAGAAAAUGUAAUAAAAAAAUUGGAAAAACA